UAUACUAUUAUGAAACAUAUUAAAUAACCAAAACCAAACCUAUUUACACUUAUAAAUUACCAAGUUUUACCGCUAAUUAAAUUGUUUGUCAAAUUUUACAUAUAUUUGUUUUCCUAAGAAUCUUAAUCUUAACCUUAUAAUCUUUGCAGAUAUUUACUUAAGGCAUGUUUGAAUAACGGCGUCCCAGGGCGCGCCACUGAGAGGGAGCUGCCGGCUAUGGGUUCCGGCCACCUCCUCCUCGCCGCGGCCGUCACCAUGCUCUUCGUCAUGGCAUCUGAGCAGUUGGUCGACAACAUCUUUCAGCCAACGGGCAACUUGCUCUGUACGCAAUCUUGCUCGACGACGGACAACUACACCGACAGCAGCCAGUACAAGAAGAACCUGGACAGCCUCCUCGCCGCUCUCCCCGCGGCGGCCGGCGACAACGGCUGGUUCUAUAGGAGCAGCGCCGAGACGGGCGCCGACGAGGUGUUCGGCCUCAUCAUGUGCUUCGCUGACCGCAGCGCGAAAGAGUGCAGCGACUGCCUCACCGGCGCGCCCGCGAGGAUCAGGACGGUGUGCCCGGGCAGCCGGAACGUGAGCACGGCGUACGAGGCGUGCGUGCUCCGGUACUCUGCCGCGCCGAUCCCGGCCACCGUGGACCUCGACGCCGCGUUAGUCGUGGGCGUCCCCGGGACGCCCGUCACCUCGGACGCCGUGCUCAAGGCCUGGGUGCCCCUGAUGACAGACCUCGUUGCUAGUUCCCGUGUGUUACACUCCCUCGCCGCCGACGUCGCGCUCUCGCCCCUGCUAAUCGCCAACGACACCACGCCGUACUCGAGCACGCAGGAGAUGUACGGGCUGGCGCAGUGCACGAGGGAUCUCAACCCCACCGAGUGCACGCGCUGCGUCAAAAUCUACAUCGCCCAGGUGGAGUCAACUUUCCCCAACUACACCGGCGGCUGCAUCAAGGGGUCCAGCUGCAACCUCGUCUCCCAGGUGGGCUUUCCGAUCGACAUCACCCUGCCGCCCAUGCCUGCGCUGCCGGCACCUCCACCUCCAGGAUCUUCAUCGUCUUCCAAGAAAGCGCUCGUGAUCGGCUUGUCUGUUGGAGCUGCUGCGUCUCUGAUCGUCCUGGCCUCCCUGAUAUGGAUCCAUGGCCGUCUCCGGCGACGGAGGAUACCGGCUAAAAUCCUUAAGGAAAAGAGGGGGCAAGAGCUACAAGAGCGCUCCUUCUUCGACGACAACGAGCCGGAAAUGGAAGACGAAUUCGAGAAAGGCACAGGGCCAAAGCGGUUUCGCUACGGCGAGCUCGCCGUCGCCACCGACAACUUCUCGGACCAGCAGAAGCUGGGAGAGGGAGGGUUCGGGUCAGUGUACAGAGGCUACCUCAAGGAGAUGGACCUUCACGUCGCCAUCAAGAGGGUGUCCAAGGGUUCCAAGCAGGGGAGGAAGGAGUACGCCUCGGAGGUGAGGAUCAUCAGCCGGCUGAGGCACCGCAACCUGGUGCAGCUCAUCGGCUGGAGCCACGGUAGUGGCGAUGAUGAGCUCCUCCUCGUCUACGAGCUGAUGCCCAACGGCAGCCUCGACGGCCACCUCCACAGUCCGGACAGCGUGCUGACAUGGCCGGUCAGGUACCGCGUCGCGCUCGGCGUCGGCGCCGCGCUGCUGUACCUGCACGAGGACGCCGCCGAGCAGCGCGUGGUGCACCGGGACGUGAAGCCCAGCAACGUCAUGCUGGACGCGUCGUUCAACGCCAAGCUUGGCGACUUCGGGCUCGCGCGGCUCAUCGGCGACGGCCGGCGGUCGCACACCACGGGCGUCGCCGGCACGUUCGGGUACAUGGACCCGAAGUGCGUGCUCGCCGGGAAGGCCAGCGUGGAGUCGGACGUGUACAGCUUCGGCGUCCUCCUCCUCGAGGUCGCCUGUGGUCGGCGGCCGGCAGUGCUUGUGGGGGAGGAGGAAGACGGGCACUUGGUCCACGUCCACCUGGUGCAGUGGGUGUGGGACUCGUACGGCGGCGGGAGCAUCCUUGACGCGGCCGACACGCGGCUGGGCGGGGAGUUCGACGGCCGGGAGAUGGCCUGCGCGAUGAUCGUCGGGCUCUGGUGCGCGCACCCGGACCGCAGCCGCCGGCCCAACAUCAGGCAGGCCUUCAACGCGCUGCGCUGCGAGGCGCCGCCGCCGAGGCUGCCCGCCAAGAUGCCCGUCGCAACGGAUGGGUUCCCGCCUGCUGGCUCAAGCUCAACGACGUCGUCUACUGAAGCGGGGAGGACGACGUCCCAAGGGCUAGGCGGCGGCGGCGUCCAGACGCCAACCACGGCGGCAUCACUCGAUAUCGAGCAUUCCAGCUCCGUCCAGCACGAGGACGACAGCACUUUGAUGUGAAUGUGAUGCCAAGAGACGAAGGUAUUUUGUUUCAGGGGCGGAGCCAGCAGUUCCGGUUGCAGGCCAGGAAUUCCAGUAUACUCUAUGUAUUUAUUUUGCCUAAUAAUUAAAAAGUAGCCUAUUAAUCGAAGUUAUCCUAUGCAUUUUUUCAUCCAACAAAGAAAAGUAGCACAACAACUUAAGUUUUAUAUGAAUAGUGUCCAUUACUUGUGUAAAAAAAAUAGCAUACAUGUACUAUAAAAUACUAAUUAAUUACUCGUUUAAAAUUAACCCCCUUUUGAUACA